GUUGGGUGCUGCAUCUUUUGACCUAAACAGUCUGUAACAAAAGAAAGCCUGAACACAGACAAGGGUUAGUUCGUGUAGCGAAAACUGAUACAGUACCAGUAAGGGUUAGUUCGGGCCCACUUGUCAGCCAGUACUGCGGAAACCUUCGUUCGUCCCCUUUCCCGCGGAACCACCCGCACUUGUGGAUUCUGGCGCGGGAAGAGAGACUUGUUAAAUCAGUUAAUUAAAUAAAAAAAUCGAAAGGAAAGGAGAAGACCCUCGCGCCCCGCCCCUUCCGUCCUCCCGUGGCGGCGGCGGCGACUGUCCCCGGCUGCCAUGUCGAGCUGCAGCUACCACUCCCCGCGCUUCUCCGAGGAUAUUGCUUGGCUCCCACAAUGGCUUCAGCCGCAUCGGCCGCCGACUGUUGGCGGACACCGAAAGGAGACUACCGGCGUUUUAUCUCCCUCUUGUGAGAAUUGUGUGUUUAUUGGAGACCCUUCACAUGAGCAUCAGAAUUGUCAGAAUGACAUGGUAGAUGCUGGUGGUUACAGUGGGUUCAUUUUGCGCUUGUCGGGAGAUGAGGACACACCUGCUGCAAGCACACCAAUCAGCAGCAAUGUACUACCUUUCUCUUUGCAUCUUUCUUCAGAAAGUGCUGCAGAACUCUCCCUAGUUGAAGGCAAUGAUAAUCCUCAGGUACUAAACUCUGGUAUGUGCAAAAGUCCAUAUCAAGGCUUUUGUGCAGAUGGUCAGGAAGAAGAGGUCAAUGCUGUGUCCCAGAAUCAGUUUGAAGCUAAAGAUCCUCAAGCUGAUAAGCUGCCAGAAGUCUGUAAAGUGGUUAGCAAGGAAAUCAAUAAACCACUUAAUGCAAGCAGACAUAAAAAACAUGAUGUCUCUGGAGGAAAGGUUGAUGUUCGGAAGCUCCGUAAUGCAGAUGAGAAUGAUGCGAUUGAACUAUCAAUUGCUGCAUCUGAGGCCAUGGUUAUUGCAGAGAUGAUACUUGCUGAUUCUCAGUCUGAUAAAUUGGCUGCAGCUGCCUUAGAAGCCGCUCUACAUGUGAAAGAAGCCCGGAAACAAUUGUUCUUUGAGGAGCCAGAACAUGCUUGUGGAUCCUCUGAAAUUGAUCUUGACGAGACUGAUUGGCUUGCAGAAUUGGAUGAAGCUGAUAUGGGUGAUGUAUUCCAAGAUGUUGGCCUCUCUCUUGUUCAUAUUGCUUGUUCAUAUCAAGAUCAAAACACAGGCGAUUUGAAGCAACAAAACUCCCAGCCUAGUUGUCCCCCAUGUGAUGCAGACACACACAUCUUAGAGAGUUGUUCUUCUGAGAAUCAAAAUAAAAGAUGGAAUAACCAAAAUGCUGAUAGUACUGACCACAUAUCUGAUUCUUUUGCAAAUAAUCAGUCAGCUGGCGUGCUACCAAAUGAACCAACUCCAAGCUAUGAUUCUGUAAAGCAAGCAGCUCUAGGUAAAACAAUUUCAUGCUCAAGAAAUAAGAAAACUGGUCUCCAGGUGUCGGCUCAAAACAAUGCUGCUUUGCAUGGAUGCUGGCAGCCUCUAGUAACAAAUCAAAAUAUUCAUAAGCAAGGUGGAGUUGCUGCACAGAUGAUUGUUGGUACAAAGAAGCAUGUAAAGGAUUUGUUCAACAAAGAAACUAGCUUCAUUUCUGAGUCAAUUAGCAUCGAUGAGUGCUGUUCUACAUCUAGAGCAGCAUCCAUGGAAAUUAUCUCGUCUUCUAGAGCAUCCUUUCAUUGCAAAACUGAAGGCUUUUGUGAGGAAAAUGAAGGUGCUGAAGCUGAAGAAUUGUGCCAAGUAGUAUGUUCGAGCUUGUCACUUGUUGAUCCUCUAUGUUCCAUUGUUCCAUGUAGCAUAUCUUGCGAUGAAGGUCCCAAUAGCCAGGCUCCUGUGUGCAAACAGAAUGAAGGCAAUGAGGGUCUCACUAGUCAGGCUCCUGAGUGUGAAGAGAGUAAAGGAGAGGAGAAAGAAUUUAUGUAUCCCAAAGAAUCGCCUAGGAUGCAAGACCUGGAUGGAGAGGCUGGUCCAUCUUGUGUUCCUUUAGUUAAGUCACCAGAGUCUAAUGUUCCAUUCAGGCGAAGGAAAUACAGUUCACUGAGGCCUUUUAGCACAAUAGCACCUAAGUCAAACAUGUUGGGAGGUACUUCAACUUGUAAUGCUGAUGUGGCUGUUUGUCGGCAAGAGAGAUUCACACCAAUUACUUUAAAUAAGAAUAUACAGCGUGUGCAAGCAACUAAACAAUUCACAGAAAAUAAUGUUGAAGCUGGAAGUUUGCAAGAUUUCACUGUGGUUCAGAAGAAGCCAUAUUAUUCUCAGGAUGCCAGCGAGCAUCAAAUCAGAGAGCAACAGAUCUCACGGGAAGUUUGUCAAUCAACAGUGAAUUUGAAUGUUGGUAAACAGUACCUUAAAAGAAAAAGAGUCCAAUUCUCGGAAGCUAAACUUUGUAGCAGAAGAACCAGGAGCAAUAGAAGGAUGCUAAGUAAAUCUAGAUUCAGUCGAUCAGAUAGCAGAGUAGAAGAGACACUGGAUACCUGUGAGUACAUCGAUAGUAAAGAAGCCAUAUUUCAAGGAGUAGAAUUUCUGUUGACUGGAUUACAUAAUCACAAGGAGAAAGAAAUUGAGUCUCUAAUCCGAAAAUUUGGAGGUUAUGUUCUUUCCAAGGUGCCACAAUUUCCACUUGAUAAAAGAAAAAACAUGGCUGAAUUUCCAAGCUGGAAGCCUCCCACAGUACUUUCCCCUAAAAAGGUAUCAACAGCUAAGUUCUUAUAUGGUUGUGCUAUUGAUGCCUGGAUGUUGAAUCCCAAUUGGCUCUUCGAUUCUCUUCAAGCCGGUGUCCUGUUGCCACCUGGAAAGUAUUUAAUUCGACAAAGGAGUGCUAUGAAGCGUAGUUUGGCAUUUGGAUACUCACUUCACCCAAAAUGUAAUACAUUGAUAUUUGAUGGAGUAGGAUUUUUGAUCCAUGGAAAACUCAGCUUCUGCUCAAAAUUUUCCAGCAUUAUCAAGCAUGGAGGUGGCCAAGUUUUUAUCUCUCUUCAGAGAUUAGUUCAAAGCUUGAAGGAUGGAAGUACAUCACAUGGAAUCAUUCUUGUUGCAAAUGAAGCAAGUGCAUCUCGUCAUCUAAGCCAUUGCGGGUUGGAACAUGACAUAAAGACAGCGCCAGCAAGCUGGAUCAUAGGCAGCUUAUUUUCUGGUAAACUUCUUCCUUUGAAGAAAGACCGCUGUGCUUCAUUCCGUCGAAUCAAGAUGCCAUCGUUCCAACAACAGCAUGUAUUUGAUAUGAGCCAAGAAAUAUGAUCUGCCACAUCACACUGCUAUAAUAAUCCCGUGAGGAACUCAAGUAGUUCUCACUGCCCACAUUAUAGAUGAGAAAGGAUUACCUACUGCUCAUGGAGAGUUGUGCAUAGUAUUCAUCAUUUAACUUGCCUUGUCCAUUCAUUCUGUGAGACUUGGUUUAUCAAGAGCAUGAUAUUUACUGGAGUAUGUCCGCACCUUAAUAAUUGGCAACAAAGCAAAAUUUGUGCAGUCCAGAAUCAGUUACGACGUUGUAAGUUGUUCCUUAGAUGUUGCGACUUGUAAGUUGUAAAUACAAAUACCAGACCAUCUAAAAAAAAACUAAUACCAGAGAGGAUAUUUCCCAGUUCUCAUUCGCAACAGUGGAAAAGCAUUGAUGAGUGUUUCCUUGUAACUGUCCUGAUCUGCAUAUCUGUAAAUUGUAAGAUAUUGACUGAUUGCCUCA